GGGUUCAUUUGACCAGAAGCACAGAAGAUCUUCCAUAAACGGGUUGAAAUAUGUCCGAAAGUUUACAGUGAACCUUGUUCAACCCUCAGUUGACCCAUGCCGCGUUGUUCCUGGGUUCUUUAAAAGCGUUCUAGUGAGUUAUAAAAAAUAUUUUAUGCCGUAUUUACAAAUGAAAUUACGUAAAUAGUGGAAUUAUUGUGGCGGCUACGAAAUAAUGCACCAGUUUAUGGUAGAAACCUUUAAAGACGUAGACAAAAAGCUAUAAAUUAAAAAUGAAAAGAGAUGGAAAUUUCGAAGUGAAAUACAGGGAAAAUAAAUACAAUAUAUAUUCAUUCCUCAACAAUCACCCCGGUGGUAUCAACUAUGUGAAGCCUUACGAACAGAAAGAUGUUACGACACGGAUGAAAGAUCAUGAGCACUCGAAAGCCGCUUACUACUUAUUGAAAGAAUACAGAGAUGGUGGGAGAGAUUCGAAUCAAAACGAAGACUUAGAGCAUUUAGUUGAUUGGGACAAACCAAUGCUCAGCCAAGUUGCAAGUCUAGGUACCAGUUACAAGGAGUGGGUGAGUUCUCCAGUGGACAGACAUCUUAGACUAUUCAGCAAUCCAAUAUUAGAAAGUCUGACAAUAACGCCUUGGUACGUCGUCCCAUUAGUGUGGAUUCCAGUCAUCAUAUAUUUUAUUUAUUCUGGUACUCAGAAAUACAUACAAUUUACCAAAGAUCCAACACCAAUUAUAUCAACAGUAUUAUACAUAGGAUUAGGAGCGCUUGUUUGGACCUUCGUGGAAUAUUCCCUUCACAGGUGGGUGUUUCACAUGGAGCCGUCCGGCCAUUCGAAGAUUCUGAUUUAUUUACAUUUCGCAAUUCACGGAUUACAUCAUAAAGUUCCAUUCGACGCUAGAAGACUAGUAUUUCCCCCGUUUCCAGCAGCAAUCAUUGCAUAUGUAAUAUCCAACUUCAUCUCUUUAAUGUUUCAUGACUCCAUCAAAAUACUUAUAAUGGCAGGAGGACUGGCAGGUUAUGUAACCUACGACAUGAUCCAUUUCUACCUUCACCAUGGAACACCAAAGGAGGAUACUUACCUUUACCACUUGAAGAGGUACCAUAAUCAACAUCAUUUCGCACACCAAGACAACGGCUUUGGUAUCAGUAGUAUGUUCUGGGAUAAAAUAUUUGGAACUGCAAUAAGUUUAAGAAAACUGAACUUAGGAAUAAAAUGGUGAUUCAGCGCACAUGCCUUUUAAACAAAAGAAGUGUUCUUACAACGUGUGAUUUAUAUUAUUUAAGUGUUUUGAAUUUUUUAGAAUAAUGUAUUGAAUUUUUAAUAAAAUUGUAUUUUUGUGUGACAA